UCUUUCACAGACAUCUUACAGAUUGUGGCUAUUUUGUUUUACCACUGUACAUAUGCCUUCCUGUAUGAUUUCUGUCAUUUCCGUGACAAAAUCUUAAACUGCCAAUCUGUGCAAGAGGGGCUAAUAAAAGCAGGUAUUUAUUUUACUGAGUUAUUAAUGAAGUGGUGUAGGCCUCAAGCGUCUCUCCUGGUUGUCAUGGUAGCUCAGGCUGCGAGCCUCCAGAAAACAUAAAAGAACAGUAAGUGCAAGACCACACAUUCCACCCUGUCUUGUUGAUUAACCAGGCUGUCAAAUGAAAGCAAAGCACCAGUACUGUCGCUGAUAAAAUCUGCAAAGUGAAGAGCAACACUGCCAAACUACUCAACAGACAAGAAGCAAUCUAAACACCUGAAGCAAGAAAUGGAGGUAAAAGAGAUCAAUAUAACUGCAAAUGAAGAUACAGGCCAAUAAAAGCCUCAAUGUAGGACCAGCAUGGAUAGCUGGCUUGGAAAGAGCCAGAAAAGGUGAGAAAACAUUUCCAAAAGUAACUCUUCUUGCAUCUUCAAGAUAUAAGAGUACUGCUUGUAUGGAAGAACUCUGCUCAAGCAUAGCGAGUCAAGUCAAACGUGAAGUGGUGCUGGUUUUGGAGGCAUGAUAUGAACAAAGCAAAGGUAAGGUUGCAGUCAUCAGAUCUGCUGAUUUAAUGAAGUGAAGUUCUUGUGGCUAAGAACACUGUAAUAAUGAUGGCAGUAUUAGCCCAUGGACACCAUCUCUUUUUGGUUGGCUUCUUAGGCUUCUGUCUGGAUAGUUUUGUACAAGGCCAAAAGAAUAAUACUCUUAUUUUCACCAAGGAAAGCACGAUUCGUAACUGCACAUGUCCUGAUGAUAUUAGUGACAAUGACUGCGAUUACAGUCUGGCAAAUCUGAUCUGCAACUGCAAGACUGUUUUGCCCUAUACAAUAGACAAAAGCUACUACAAUAAUCUGACAAUUUGGUUCACGGAAACAUCCAUGUUGAGAAUGCUGUUGAACUUUACAGCUGUGUAUGACCUGAAGCUCUCACUAUGUGGCACGAUUCCGCUGUCAGCAAAAUAUCUGACCAUUUGGGGACUGCGAAGACUACAGAUAAAAAGUGAGAUCAAUGGCCAGAUACGAGAACAAAGCUUAACUAUCUACAGCAGCCACGACAAUGAAGCACAAGGCAAAUUAAAGAUGCCAUGCAGAGACAGAAACAUGAUCACAUACAUUGCUGUUUUAGACACCUCUCUCUUCAAUGGCUACUCUCCACUAAAAUCAUACAGUGUGGAAAACAUCUCCAACAUUACAGACCACUUUCCACAUCUGCCAUAUUUGGACACGUUCUUCACCACAAAUAACAAAAGCUGUAUUAUAACAUUCAUAUACUGACACAGUAUGCUUGGCCGUUUCUAUAGAGCAGCCAUAGGCCGUUGCCAGAAAUACAAUCUUGUAGAAACAGAGCUCCUGGCAUUCCUUUAGAAGAUGGAAUCCCCAAGGGAUGCACUCACUUUGGGGCAACCAUGCCAAUGAUGGGAGGGGCCAUGCCAGCCAUGCAAAAACAAUCAGGGUAUGAAGUACGGCCAGUGAAGGGCAUGGCCUGAGAAGAGCUUUGAGGGCUAGAAAUUGGCUCUCCAUUCCCCACCUUUGCUUCAAACCACACACACAAAUACAAAUGUAGAAUGAAACCGAAUAAGCACUGGCUCUAUAUUUUCUAUUUGAGUAAACAAUGGGGGAGUUGAUUUUCAUUCAGAGCUCCUCUGUUAGCUGUCUGCAACCUGCUAUGUUCAAAACAUAGGCUACCUGACUACUUGACUCUUUGGUCCUAUCUCAAACAACAAAAUUGUUUGCAGAGCUCAAUAGAUUCAACACUAACUCCCAAUCAUUAUUCACCAUGAAGUAUGCCCUUAAAAUAUGCUGUGCUUAAAGUGCCCAAGCGUUACUCUGAACUGGGUCCAUAGGAUCAGGUAUCCUAGGAUAUUGCUUGGCAAAUAUGGAUUGAUUUUACCAACAUUUUAAGUUGGAAAAUAAUGCCAUAACAUAUAAUUAAAAGCAGCUACAUUAAAACAAGCACCUAACCAACUUGUAGAUGUUCAGUGACAGAGGGGAAAAUAUGUCAAGUUAUAAGGGGAGUUGGAAUAAUUCAGGAAGUUGUGAUGAGUUUGCUUGACUAAUCUUCUUUCAGUUGAAAGAAAUAACUGGUACAAAUCCUGAAAACAGGAGGCUUCAAAAUAUAACUCAUGCAGUAGUUGGACUAUUCAUACGUCCUGAAAUGCAUAAUUCCACUAUGAUAAAAAUAUAAUAAACCAGCUUCCUGGAUGGAAAAAAAAUUGAUGGGACAAAUUAGCUCUCUACUUCAUGCUACAGACCCAUCAAAUAUGAGCUAGAGAUCUAACCAUGUAUAGGACUCAGCUCUUAAGUUGAACACUAAUUCAGAUUGAGGAAAAUCUUUUAAAUGUCCAAAACGCAUGAAGCAGUGCC